AUGUCAUCGUCUUCCUCUUCCUCUAGUAAAUUACCGUUCGGGCUAUCAUCAGUGUUAAGACCACUCUCACCGCCAUUAUCUAAGACGCGAUUGAAAUCAAACUUAUUCGUAUUAUUUUUAUUCUCAUUGAGGAGUUUCUUUGCCCCGUAUUUGACUAUCAGGACAUUGAUAGUCAAGCUAGGUGAUGGACUGCAGAAGAGAAAAGGAAGGGAAGGGAGCUGGACUGAUAAUUCUCUAUAUCUCAUUGAAUUCAUAAUUCAGAUCAUAAUGGUAUGGAAUAUAAUCGAAGCUAUAGUAUCAAUCCAAUAUCCUUCAACAUAUAUACCGCCUGUCAGGGAAGGUUUGGUAAUGACACCUUCAAAAGUUACUUCUCCACUGACACGCUCAUAUUCACCUUCAUCACCUUCACAUAAUCCUUCGAGCCCUUCCCAAUCACUUCAACGAUCAAUCUAUCGUCCUUCUUCCUCUUCCAACAAUAACGCCAUAAUGAAUAAUGUAGGUCCUCAAACACCUAAUCGAAAUCAGCAAACACCGCAUCCAUUGUCCAAUUCAACUGCAAAUUCAUCUCCUAUAUCUUUAACAACAGCCAAGAUACUUAAUUUACCUCCUCCUACAAAUCACUCACCCAAUAAAGGUUUAUUCUUCGAAAAGAAAGACUCUCAAUCACAAUCACAACCAUCAAAUUCCGUUGGAGGCGAUUUCGUCUUGAUCGAUAGAGAAGAAAAAGAUUGGGUUGAUAACGUUUGGAAAGGUGUAAGAGGUAAAAGUGGUAAAAUCGGUUUAUGA